AUUAGUUGCGUAGUGCUGAGGAGUUCAUUUGGAUUGUGGUGCGUUGAGGCGUUAACAUGUGGGGUGUCCCGUGUCGGUGGUAAAGUAUUAUUGUAUUUUUUUUUCUCUCUCAGACCUGUUGAUAUUCUGUGCGUUGUAAUCUAUAGAACAACUACAUGGAACAGACUAUUUAAGUAGGACAAGUGUGUGUGUGUGUUUUCAAAUCAUUGAGAUGGACGCCCACGUGGAAGAACGUGAUGAAAGAUCAGUGGAAAGAACGUUGACAGCAGAUGAACGCAGCAAAUUAGAGAAUCAAAAUAGCAGACUAGUUCCUCAGUUUCUGGCAACGAAAUUAGAAUUAGAAGCAAAGAAGAAUUGGGAUCUUUUUUAUAAACGAAACGACACGCGUUUUUUUAAGGAUAGACAUUGGACUGUUCGAGAAUUCAGUGAAUUAUCAGAGUGUUCUGCAAGUGAAAGAUCGAAAGUUCUUUUAGAAGUGGGUUGCGGAGUGGGAAACUUCGUUUAUCCAUUGAUUGAGGAGAAAUUGAAUCUGUUCAUUUAUGCAUGCGAUUUCUCGCCCAGAGCAAUAGAAUACGUGAAGUCGCAUUCGUUGUACGACGAGACGAAGAUAAAAGCGUUUCAGGUGGACAUAACAACUGAUCAAAUAUUUCAUUAUUUACAAUGUGGAUCAGUCGAUAUUGUAACAUUGGUUUUCGUACUUUCUGCUAUUCAUCCAGAUAAGUUCUUGCAAACGUUGAGGACAUUAUUUAAAUUGUUGAAGCCAGGAGGAAUUCUUCUGUUUCGAGAUUAUGGUCUUUACGACAUGGCACAGCUCAGGUUUAAAGCAGGAAAUAAAAUAGCGGAAAAUUUUUAUAUGCGCCAGGACGGUACAAGGAGCUAUUACUUUUCGGUUGAAGAAGUUCACCAGUUAGUGAAAGAUGCUGGAUUUCAAGUAACCACUAAUUCAUACAUUCACAGGCGAACAGUUAACAAAAAGGAAGAAAUUGAUGUACCCAGAAUUUUUAUUCAAGGGAAAUUCAGAAAAGUUCCUCCAUAAUAGGGUAGAGAGCAGCAGUGUCAAAAUAGUGCUGCAGACAAGUUAUUUGGAAUGAUGAAUUGUGCUGUGCCUUAUGGCACUCCAUGGAAGAAUUUGGGUUUGGCAGAUGCUUGGUGAAUGUUACCUGCCAUAUCCACUAUUAGAUGCCUGGAUACUUGUAUCAGAAAUGUAAAUAUAUUACAUAUGUGAUGUUGAAGAAAAGGUCAUAACAUUUUGACACAUGGUAUGAAUGUAUGGGUAGACAGCUAUCUGUACUCCUUGGAUAGUGAAUUUUGUGUGCCAGCUGGUCUUGAUGGAAAUUACAUUAAAGGUAAGCAUUUAUAGAUUGCUACAUUUGAGUUUCGGAAAAAUUUUGUCUGAGUUGGUGGUUGAAAUUUGCUGGUUCAUGCUAAUAAUGGGUUUUUGGUUUAAAUUUGUUGGUUCAUUGUAAUAGUGUUCAGAAUACAGUAAUUCUUACCAGUGUGUGUAGUGGUGUGCAUGUAUGGGUGGUGGAGCAGUGUGUAAUGCAAGCAGCAGUGUACCAAAUGCUCCAGCCAAUAGUGUAAUUAUGCCUUAUCUAUUUGUGGAUUAGGAGGGGUGAGGGUACUUAGACACUAGUGUUCAGUGUUGCAUUACGAAGUUAGGAUUGCCAACUGUCCUGUGAAGUAUGUGAUUUUCUGUAUUUCAGGAUUGCAAAAAUUAUCCCAUAUGAAGCUUAUAUUGGUUGCUUAAAAUAAUACAUUUAAUAUUUGUAUGUUGAUGUACAGCAUUUGAUACUCAUUACUUCACUAUUACGUGUGGCCUGUAUGCUGCAUUGACAUACUGAAGUAUCAAUUAUUCUUACAUGUUUUUCAGAACAGGAUAUGGUACAUUGCAUCACUGAUUCAUUGUUAGACAAUGCAUUUGUUAGUUAUCUUUAUUUAAAUUGAAGUUACAAAAGUUGACAACUUUGAACGUGGCUGCAUUUAAAUGGGGCAAUACUAACUCCAGGUCUGAGACGUGUCUAAUUUAACGUUUAAGUCAAUUAAAUGUGUUUAUCUAGAAAAAUUAGAAAUGUCCCUCACCAGCAUGUCAAAAAUAAUUUGUCUAAGGCAAAAUGCACAAGAUAUAAUUUAAGUUUGCCAGGAUUUUUUUCUGAAAUUUCUAAAAACGACUGUUCAUUAAAGAAACGAAAUAGGCAUUAGUCUACUCCAGAAUAGGACCAGUGGCGUACUUACAUGUUUCGGUAGGAAUUUUGUUAGUGUUGCCAUUGGCAGAAACUAAUUAUCCUUCAUAAGAGUUGUGUGAACAAUAGUGAAAUUUAUAAUCAUGAUCGUCAGAUAUAUUCAGUUGCUGCAAUUUAAGCUGUGCUCUUAGGAUUCUGACUAACCACACUCUUGGAAAAAGUGGCAAAAAAAUUUCCUAUUUGUGUGUUUUUGCUUUGUAAGUGGUGUUAUUCAAUGACUACAUAGCAUGGCCUAUGAUCUGAAUGUCUGUCAUUGCUUGGUGGAUCACGUGAUAUGGCCGACAAAAGUGUACCAUGCAGGAAAGUCUAGAUUUCAGUGCUUUGGAAACUACCAUGCUGUAUUUGAUCGAAUUCAUACUUCCAUAAUAAAAAAUAUGCAGUAUACAUGUUGCCCUGCAUCAAAGAUCUUUCCAAAACAUUGAUAAGCUUUACAGCUCUGAGGGACAGCAUGUUGUCACUUAACAAGGGGGGGGGGGAUUUACAUACAUCUGGGAAAGUGUAUUUUCACUCAGUAAGAAGCAUCUUUGUGCUGGGAAUUUUUUUCUUGACCAUACGUACUCCCAGAUCUUACAAGUCUCGUAUUGUAUCAAAAUUUGCCAAAAUAUUUGUCUGCAAUGAUGAUAUAAUAGUUCAGAUGAACUACUGUGAUAUAUUUUCAUGUCUUUCGCUCCUAUCUGACUGUUGCGUGUAAGAUGCAAUAAUUGCUGAAAAUAUUAUUGAUGAUAAUGCCUAUUAUUCGUCUUAUGUUUCAGAUGGAGAAAUGAAUUGGGUGCAGUGAAUUAAAGAUGGAACACACAGGCAGUUGCAGUAAUUUAAGGUGAAUGCUGUGCCAGUAACACGAAGGAUUAGUAAUGGAAAUCUUGUAGGACCUAAUGACAACUAUAUGGACUCUAACUUCAACUGACAACGAAUCCUGCGAAUCUUCACAUCUGGCUGUAUAUGGUGACAUCUAUGAUGUGUCAAUUGGAUGAGGACACACCAUUAAGAUAUUACUUAGCCGAU